UAGUGUUAUAAACUACCUUUAUUGAAAUCGUAACUAUUCUUAUUGGCAGCCAUCGUUUGGCAAUUGAGAUAGAAGUCAUUUCGACCGACCGUCAUAAUUUUUAUCUAGUUAUCACGUUUUAAUCUUGUGAAUGGCCUGGUUCUAAUUGACCAAUCACUGCAGCUCUUAACAGGCGCAACUCUGCACGAAUUGUGUCGGCCUAAUCCACUUUCAAUGCAUCGGUAAGAAGAGGCAAUUUAUAGUUUCACAUUCUCAUAUCCAUUGGAAUAUUCUUGAACAUAUUUCGCUAAAAUUAACCUAACAUAAACAUUACAUGAAACUAACAUUUUUCUAUGAGGAAACUGAUAUGAUAUUUGAAAAUGUAGUAACAUAAACGUGAAAUAAAACUGACAUUAAACUAUAAUAAAACUGAAACUAAAUCAGGGUAACAAAAACACACAAUAAAAGCUAUGCUAUAAUGUUCUUCCUAUAUUUUGGCUACAGUUUCUAAAGUAACUCAAUGAUCCACCUAUCUAUAUUUCUGGCCUUUAUUGGUCAACUGGUCAGUGCUGACCAACAACAACGGCUGGCUUUGUCUUCGGCCUCAUCAGAUUUCUCUCAAAGGCUUUACCAGAAAGUUGCUCUGAACGAGUCUAAUAUCGUCUACUCACCUUACAGCAUCCAUUCGCUUUUAACAAUGACGUCCCUUGGGGCAAGGGGAGACACUGCAGCUGAGAUGAAGAAUGUGCUAAGUAUUACUUCCCUUGGUGAAUCUGUCCAUUCUCUAUACAGAGAGACGAUCCAGCAGUUGAAUUCACAGACCGACGUUCAACUUCUCACCGGAAACGCCAUCUUCAUCAAUCCUAGCUAUCCCAUAGUGCCAGAGUUCAUUCAGGAGACAGCGAAUGAAUAUUUUGCUUUAACAGACCACUUCGAAUUCUCCGCCAACGAAGGUCCAGAAAAAACAAUCAACGAUUACGUUGAGGUCAAAACUGGACACAUGGUUAAGGAUGUACUAGAACCAGAUACUAUAGAUAAUUAUACAGUGAUGCUGCUAGUCAACACCCUGUUUUUUAACGGCACCUGGAACUCACCUUUCAACGAAACAGAAACAAGAAAGCAAGAUUUUCAAACGCCAGGUGGCGCUGUCAAACAGGUUGACAUGAUGAGUGGAUAUCAAAUAGAAACAAACAUAAAGACAGAUGACGUCAAUAAAGUUGACGUAGCCGAGAUUGCUUUUAAAGGAAAAAGAUUUGCCUUGUACAUUGCACUGCCACAGGAAGUUGAUGGCAUCACCGACCUAGAAAUUCUGCUACAGAAAGCUGGCAAGGUGGAUGAGCUGUUUACUGAUCUUAAAACUGAAAAUGUUGAAAUGGCCAUCCCCAAGUUUAAAAUUGAGACCAAAAUUGAACUGGAUGAUUUUUUGAUUGAUAUGGGAAUGGUUCAAGCUUUUUCAUUUGAAUUAGCAGAUUUUAGUGGAUUAUCUCAAGAAGCUCAAGUCUAUAUCAGUAGAGUAAUUCACAAGGCUGUCAUUGAAGUCCAGGAGUCUGGCACGGUGGCUGCGGCAGCUACUGCGGCUAAAAUUUCUGGGAGAAAAAAACUUCUUUCCUUUAUCGCUGACCAUCCGUUCCUUUUCUUUCUGAGAGACAAAGAAACUGGACAGGUCAUCUUUCAGGGGAAAUUUUCAGGCUAAUUAUUUGUAAUGUAUUGAACUCCAUUAAAGCUAAAAAUAAAAUAUUUUCAUUAA